UCGGCCGCGCUUUCCGGGGGACGGCGGCGCUGCGGCGCUGCCAUGGCCGCGUCCCCUGCCCGGCGGCGCCGCUGGGAACGGGAGCAGGCCCGGCUGAAGGCCAGCGUGGUGGAGGAGGACACCGAGCAGUGGCAGAAGGAUCCGCAUUUCUCCGGGCUGCAGAGAGUGGGAGGUGUGGAUUUAUCCUACAUCAAGGGGGACGAGAGCCGUGCCUGCGCCUCCCUGGUCGUGCUCAGCUUCCCGGCUCUCGAGGUGCUGUACCAGGAUUGCCGCAUGGUGGCCGUCACUGCCCCGUACGUGGCCGGGUUCCUGGCCUUCCGAGAGGUGCCUGUCCUGGUGGAAGCUGUCCAGAGACUUCAGCAGGAGGAGCCCCAGCUCCAGCCUCAGGUGCUUCUGGUAGAUGGGAAUGGCCUGCUCCAUCCCAGAGGAUUUGGCACAGCCUGUCACCUCGGAGUCCUGACAGACCUGCCGUGCAUUGGCGUGGCCAAGAACCUCCUGCACGUGGAUGGCUUGGUCAGGGAUGAGCUGCACAGGGAGCAGGUUCGCUCCCUGCAGAGGUCAGGAGAGACAUUCCCGCUGACUGGCACCUCAGGCAAGGUCCUGGGCAUGGUGCUGAGGAGCUGCAGCAGCAGCUCCAGGCCCCUGUACGUGUCCGUGGGCCACCGGGUGAGUCUGGGCACGGCCGUGCGCCUGGUCAGGGCCUGCUGCCGCUUCCGCAUCCCAGCGCCCAUCCGUCACUCUACUGUUGGUGGCUCCACAGCCCAGAGCCAGGAGUGA